UCACCCACGCCAGACAUGGUACAGUCCAACCGAGAACGCACCAAUCACGUUGCGUGUGACAGAACACAGAGGGCUGGUCCAGCAAGAAACUGGUGUGCGGGGGAAGACGACUCGAAAAGAGGAACAAUGGGAGUAGAAGUAGAAACCCUUACACCAGGAGACGGAAAAACCUUUCCGAAGAAGGGACAGACUGUGUCCGUGCACUACGUUGGCACCCUGACAAAUGGAAACAAGUUUGACUCCUCCAGGGACCGAGGUUCCCCCUUCAAAUUCAAAAUUGGACAAGGGGAAGUCAUCCGUGCCUGGGAUGAGGGUGUAGCUCAGAUGAGCGUCGGCCAGAUGGCCCGGUUGACAUGCUCGUCGGACUACGCGUACGGCAAAAAGGGGUUCCCACCCGUCAUCCCAGGAGAUUCCACUCUCAUCUUUGAGGUGGAGCUGCUGGGUGUCAAGUGAAGUGGAAGGUUGCUCUUCAGUUACUUAUUCCACCAACAUCUGUCACAAAUAACUGUUGAUUAAAGGUGCUGUCAAUAGCAUUUAUAAACCUGUAUUAAUCAUUGUAGACAUAAUUUUGAUAUCUUGAUGAUCGAGACAAAUUAGACUGUUGGCAGUAAUGAAUGACAAUAUGUAAUUUUGAGGAAUAUGCGUAUUAAUCCCAGUAUUCACUUGGCCUCCAUUUUUAUAUUUGGAUGAUAAAUCUUAAAGCACAUCACAUGCAUAAUGUAAUGACGGGCAAAGACAACGGAAAAUUGAUUAGAAAGACUACUGUGUUGUUUUUUUUGCAUGUGCCAUAAAUAAGAAUUAAACCAGUGAAACUCAAUCAGGAUAAAAAAAAUGUAUAAUAUUAUAUUGUCUAAAAAGUAGUGGAAAUGAUGAUUAAUUUAAAAAAAUGCACUUGAAAGAACUUUUAAUGAAGAGCUUAUUAUUUUUUUUAUUGCAUUAAUGUAUCCCUCCAUCAGAUGUAUUGAUUUGACGGCUCGAAACUUUGACACAAUGUUAAGAAACGCUUCAUUUUUCAUCCCUCCUCGUGUUGCCUUUUUGACCAUAUUAGAGUUUGAAACAUGACCCUUAAACUAUACACUAUCAAGUGUUCUUGUGUUAUGUCAUGCUUAACAUUUCAUUAUCGUGUCCCCUAGAAAUGAUUUUUCCGUGGGUAUUGCAUUCUUGCAUUAAAAAAAUAUGAAAACA